AUGGACGUCGGAAAAAAACAACUCAGCGAUCUGCGGCUGAGCCAAAGGCUACGUUUCUUCCUGACCUGGACGGCCAUACGAUGCCGCGCAACUGGACGUGUUGGUAUUGGUCAUUGGCGUUGCCGUAAUCUGAUCCAGGUGGAUAGAGAAGCAAUACAUGAACUUCGCGGUCUGGUGGGUCGACUUUCACAGAACUCAGGCUUGCCUUCCAUUGCAUACGAAGGGCACACGUACACUCUGGUCUUCAGGGACUUUUUGGAGGGGCACAGCUGCUCCGCUGCACGCUGGACCAUGGAACUGCUAGUGGCGCAGCUGGCUGCGCAACGCAUGGAGAACAGGCAAGCGGUUCAGCCGUUGGCAUUGUUCUUCCGCCCACUAGGACUCUCAGUGUUCCAGGCACUCCUUUGGGGCUCCGGUGCGUCAUGGGCACAAGUGUCCCGCUCGGGCUGGGGCACCUUCGCCCUGCUCUCCUCCUUGGCUCGUGACUUCGGUCGCCUGCUGCGGCGUUCACCUGGGCAGCCUGAGGCGUCGAGGUCCUUCGCGGAGGCUUCGAAAUCCUAUUGGCCAAAGAAGGAAAUGGAAGACCUUGCCAUGGAGGUGCCGAAGAUGCUGGAACUUGCGAUUGAGCAUUUACAACUCGUGAAUCGCUCCGCCAACUGGGACUUUGAGAGCCUCUCCAUCCACAUGGAAACGGUGGAGGCGGUCGUUCGUGGAUGGUCGAGAAGUGCCAUCAUCGCUGGCAUCCACGCUACGACUGUGAUAUCUCUCCUACUGCUAGAGCGACAAAGCGAGGACUUCUGGCGUUUGGUGGAUGAAGUAUUGCUACCCGAUGCGGUAGAACUCUGUUUGCCUCAAGCUGUUCUAGGCUCAGAAUACGAUCCAUCGCCAUGCAGCCAGCGUCAUUGCCGUCCGCUCUGGGGCCGCGACGCAGCCCUCGUCGCGGCCGCGGCGCUUCGCAACGCGUCGGCCGUGCGCAUCUUCCGCGUCGAGCCCAGGCGACGGCUGCUGAGUGACAACCUUCGCAGUGGCUGUCGCGUUCCGCAGCCGCAGAUCUGGUGGGUCAAGUCGAGCGCCAAAAUGGCUGAGUGA